UAUCUUCUCAGCAUUCUCAUGCCCUUAAGAAGUUCAUUGUCACUCCAGACCAGGAAGUAUAUGUGGGUCUUUAUCUGGACUGGGUUUCCUCCUUAGGUCCCGGGCCAGAGAACUUGCAGGCUCUUCUCAUGGCAGUCUUAUUCUUGCUCCUGUUCCUAUGUGGGAUCCCCCAGGCUAAUGCAGACAACAUCCAGUCCAUGUAUGUGGCCGCAGGGGAGACAAUAGAACUGCCAUGUCCUUCACCACCCACUCUGGACGGGGACGAGCUUCUGUCCUGGUUCCACAGUCCUGCAGCCAGUUCCCCAACUGUCCUAGUGGCCCAAGUUCAAAUGACCAGGCCAGUCGAAGACCCUGGGAAGCCUGGCAGGGAGUUCAGGCCCAGGCUCCUAGGAAACUACUCUCUCUGGCUGGAUGCAUCCAGGGAUGGUGAUGCCGGGAGGUACUGGUGUGCUGUGCUGGGUCAGCGCUACAAGUACCAGAACUGGAGGAUAUAUGACAUCUCUGUGCUCAAAGGAUCCCAGUUUUCUGCAACAUCUGCUGAUGGAAUCCUCUGCUCUGUCCUCCUAUGUUCUGUGGUCCCUGCCAGACGCCUGGACUCCGUGACCUGGCUAGAGGGAAGAAGUCCUGUAAGGGGCCAUGUGCAGCCUUUCUGGAGUAAUGAGGCUGCCCUACUCUUGGUGUGUCCUGAGGAUGAGCUUUCUGAGUCCAGGGGCCGUAGACCAAGAAUCAUCCGCUGCCUCUUACCUCAGAACACAGGGGUCAGCUUUAGCCUGGCAGCUUCCAUGGAUGCCUCUCCUGUCAUCUGUGCCCCAUCAGGCUGGGAUGUGCCCUGGAUCAUGGUGCUCUUGCUUCUAGCAGGCCUGGUGCUCAUCAUCCUGACCCUCAGCUUUAUGCUUUGGAGGCGGAGAGCCCAUGGCACUCAAUGCAGAAGAAAUCGAAUGCGAUGCUAUGACUGCAGUGGAGGCUCCAGUAGCUCUUGCAAAGAGACGGUGAUCAUGUGUAGUGAGGGGGAACGUUGUGGCUUCCUGAACCGAAAACCCCAACAUGGCCUGGAACAGACCAAGCUGACUGCGAACCCUUCAGUGGCAUCUAUUCAUCACCAUCCAGCCUGUGUGGCUUCCCAUCAUUGCAAUCAAGUGGAAACAGAGUUGGUAGGCGAAGUGACUUAUACAACCCAGAGAGACUGCUGCAUCGGAGACCUAUGUAACAGCGCCAUGUCAAGCACUGUGACCCCUGCAUGCAUCUUGGCUGCGACAGCAACCGCACUGGCAUGCCUCUUGCCUGGACUGUGGUUGGGCUAG